CCCGAACUGUUAGAAGCGGUAUUCGAUAUAAAAAAGGAGGCCGCUGAGAUUAGAGAAUAAGCAGACAGAUGCAGAUCUGAGGAUUGAAUUAUUCUUUGGAAUUGGAAAUAUAAAGAAUUUUAUCAAACGGAAACCCGCACUCGCUUCAUCACCAAUCUCGACUCCACUAUAUUGGUAACAAGUGGAAAAUGGAGAAAUCAUGUUCCUUGCUGGUACAUUUUGACAAGGGGACACCGGCUCUUGCAAAUGAGAUCAAGGAAGCCCUUGAAGGGAAUGAUGAUCAAGCUAAGAUUGAUGCCAUGAAAAAUGCAAUAAUGCUUUUGCUAAAUGGUGAAACCCUGCCUCAGCUCUUCAUUACUAUUGUGAGAUAUGUGUUGCCCUCUGAAGAUCAUACUGUUCAAAAGUUGUUACUGCUCUAUCUGGAGAUCAUUGAUAAGACUGAUGGUAAAGGACGUGUCUUACCCGAGAUGAUAUUAAUCUGCCAGAACCUGCGGAAUAAUCUUCAGCACCCUAAUGAAUAUAUCCGCGGUGUAACACUGAGGUUCCUCUGCCGGCUCAAUGAGGCGGAGAUCAUUGAACCUUUGAUCCCAUCCAUUAUGUCAAACUUGGAGCAUCGACACCCUUAUGUUAGGAGGAAUGCAAUUCUUGCUGUUAUGUCCAUUUACAAGCUCCCACAAGGCGAACAUCUCUUGGUUGAUGCACCUGAGACGAUUGAGAAGUUUCUCUCGACAGAGCAGGACCCAUCUGCUAAGAGGAAUGCAUUCCUGAUGCUUUUUAAUUGCGCUCAGGACCGUGCUAUUAAUUACCUAUUGACCAAUGUUGACAGAGUAUCCGACUGGGGUGAACUACUGCAGAUGGUUGUCUUGGAGCUGAUCCGAAAAGUUUGUCGGACAAACAAAGAUGAAAAAGGGAAAUAUAUAAAAAUCAUUAUAUCUCUGCUGAAUGCCCCUUCAGCAGCUGUCGUAUAUGAAUGUGCCGGAACUCUUGUUUCUUUAUCUUCUGCUCCAACAGCUAUUAGAGCUGCAGCCAACACAUAUUGCCAGCUUCUUCUGUCCCAGAGUGACAAUAAUGUUAAGCUCAUAGUGCUUGACCGUCUAAACGAGAUUAAGUCCUCCCAUAGGGAUAUUAUGGUUGACAUGAUUAUGGAUGUCCUGAGGGUAUUAUCUAGCCCAAAUCUUGACAUUCGUAGGAAAACACUUGAUAUUGUUCUGGAACUGAUUACUACCCGCAAUGUGAAUGAGGUGGUUCUUACAUUGAAGAAGGAAGUCAUGAAAACUCAAAGUGGGGAGCUUGAGAAGAAUGGGGAGUAUCGUCAAAUGCUCAUCCAAGCCAUUCAUUCUUGUGCUAUAAAGUUCCCCGAAGUGGCAAGCACAGUGGUCCAUUUGCUGAUGGAUUUCUUGGGUGAUAACAAUGUAGCAUCUGCCCUGGACGUUAUCGUUUUUGUUCGAGAGAUUAUCGAAACCAAUCCCAAAUUAAGGGUUUCUGUCAUCACAAGACUUCUGGAUACAUUCUAUCAGAUUCGAGCGGCAAGGGUAUGUUCUUGUGCUCUUUGGAUCAUUGGAGAGUAUUCCCUGUCUCUUUCUGAAGUUGAGAGCGCCAUUGCAACUAUAAAGCAGUGCCUUGGGCAGUUACCAUUUUUUUCACUCUCUGAAGAAGAGGAGUCAGCUGAUUCUUCAAAGAAAUCUCAGCAGCCUACCUCGAUUACUGUUUCAUCCAGAAGACCCGCUAUCCUUGCUGAUGGGACUUAUGCAACUCAAAGUGCCGCGUCUGAAACUUCUUUCACAGCUCCUGCUGUAGUUCAGGGAUCUUUGGCUUCUGGGAACUUGAGAUCUCUUCUUCUCGCUGGUGAUUUCUUCCUUGGGGCUGUUAUUGCCUGCACCCUUGCAAAGCUCAGUCUAAGACUGGAGGAGGUUCAAUUAUCAAAGAUAGAAGUGAACAAAGCAAAAAGCAAUGCCUUGUUGAUUAUGGUUUCAAUGCUACAGCUUGGACAAUCUUCAGUUCUGCCACAUCCAAUUGAUAAUGAUUCUCAUGACAGAAUUGUUCUUUGCAUAAGAUUGCUGUGUAACACCGGUGAUGCUGUGAGGAAGAUCUGGUUGAAGUCAUGCCGUGAGAGUUUUGUUAAAAUGCUUUCAGAUAAACAGCUACGUGAAACUGAAGAGAUUAAGGCCAAAGCUCAGAUUUCUCAUUCACAGCCUGAUGAUCUUAUUGAUUUCUACCAUUUGAAGAGCAGAAAGCUGUUGACUUGCUCAAUGCUUAUGGCUUCUAUACUUUACUUUUUAAGUCAGUUCUUAUCAUUAUACAUGAUUGAGGGAAUGACCCAGCUGGAGCUGGAAGAUGAAGUUCAAGAUGAUCUGAAACGUGCUACUGGAGAGUUUGUUAAGGAUGUGGAUGAUACCAAUAAGCUCAAUCGUAUCAUUCAACUCACUGGAUUUAGUGAUCCAGUCUAUGCUGAAGCUUAUGUAACAGUUCAUCACUAUGAUAUUGUCCUGGAUGUUACAAUUAUUAAUCGAACGAAAGAGACCCUUCAAAACUUGUGUUUGGAGUUGGCGACGAUGGGCGACCUUAAACUCGUGGAGCGUCCGCAGAACUAUACUUUAGCACCAGAGUCGAGCAAACAAAUAAAAUCAAACAUUAAGGUGUCAUCUACUGAGACAGGAGUCAUAUUUGGAAACAUUGUUUAUGAGACGUCAAAUGUGCUCGAGCGGACUGUUGUUGUUCUCAAUGAUAUCCAUAUUGAUAUCAUGGACUACAUUUCUCCGGCUGUUUGUAGUGAUACGGCAUUUAGAACCAUGUGGGCAGAGUUUGAAUGGGAAAACAAGGUUGCUGUAAAUACCACAAUUACAAAUGAAAAAGAAUUUCUCGAUCAUAUUAUCAAAUCAACCAAUAUGAAAUGCCUGACUGCAUUAUCUGCUUUAGAAGGUGAAUGUGGAUUUUUGGCUGCAAACUUGUAUGCAAAGAGUGUAUUUGGGGAGGACGCGUUGGUAAAUAUAAGUGUGGAGAAACAGGAUGAUGGAAAACUGAAUGGAUAUAUUAGAAUAAGGAGCAAAACUCAGGGAAUUGCUCUCAGCUUAGGUGUCUGUGGUGCCAUUAGAAGCCCUUAUUUGCAGGAGUUCAGUUUGGAGUUCAUAUAUUUUAAUUCUAGUACAAGGAUGUUCGAAAAUUUUAUCAUUGAACUAUGCGAUAAAUAUCCUAAUUCAGUCAUCUUUUUCUUCUUGCCGUGCAGCUCGAAGGAGAAGCCCACUCUCGGAGGCACGCGGAUUAAGACCCGCAAACGGAACAUUGCUGCGCCUCUGGACCCUGCAGCAUUUUCGGAUGCAGUGGUCCAGAUUUAUUUGGAUAAUGCUGGUGAUCUGGAACUUGUAGCAAAGAGUCUUGAGUCUUCGGACCUUAAUUUCUCAAGAUAUGGGGAUACCUUCUUCGAGGUUGUCUUCAGAGGGGCUCGUACACAACCUGGUACAAUCAAACUUGAUGAGGGGGAGUGCCAUCCAUACUCCAUACUUGCCGGUGAGCCUAGCCGUGAAGUCAUUCUGCCGUCUGUGAUCUAUGUGCAGAAAAUCUUGAGGAGAAGGCCUUUUCUCAUCAAGAAUCUUGAAAAUGUCAUGCAAAAAUACUUGCAAUCUUUGGAACUUUUCGAAGAGGAUGAGAGGAAGAAACUUGCAAUUUUCACCGCGCUUGCCUUUUCACAGAAGUUGUCCGGUCUCCCGCCUGAGACUGUUCUCCAGCCACUGCUCAAAGAUAACCUUGUAGCCAAAGGGCUGGUUCUCUCUUUUGUCACUGAUUUUUUCAGGGAGUAUCUGGUUGAUAAUAGCAUUGAUGACCUCAUCUCUAUUCUGAAGAGGGGCAAAAUGGAGGACAAUCUUCUUGAUUUUUUCCCAUCUACAAAGAGGACACCUGAAGCUGUAUCUGAACAUUUCACUAAGGAAGGGCUUCUACCAUUGGUUGAGUACAAUGAAAAGAAGAUAUUUGAUGUGAAGCUGAAGGAAAUGAAAUCUGCAAUCACAAGUCAGAUAGCAGAAGAAGCUGAUGUGGCUGAAGUAAUCGAAACUGUGAAACAGCAUGUUAAAGAUUCUAAAUUCCCAGAUAUUGAGGUUGUAAGAAUUCUUUGGGAUGUCCUGAUGGAUGCUGUGCAGUGGUCUGGAAAAAAUCAGCAGCAGAAUGCCAACUCUGCCCUGCGUCAGGUAAGAAUGUGGGCCAAGUUGCUAAAUGCCUUCUGCACCACUGGGAAGCUGGAGCUUGAGCUUAUAUACAAAGUUCAGGUCCAGUGCUAUGAAGAUGCUAAACUCAUGAAACUGUUUCCUGAGAUAAUAAGGUCCCUUUAUGAUCAGGAUGUUCUUGCAGAAGAUACCAUUCUUCACUGGUUCCGCAAAGGAACAAACCUGAAGGGCAGACAAUCAUUUGUGAAGGCGUUGGAGCCGUUUGUGAAAUGGCUAGAAGAGGCUGAGGAAGAAGAGUAAUAACGUCUCCAGUUGACUGCCUUUGUUUCCAAUUACUAGUUUGGUCAUUCUCUCUUUGAAUAUUGUUGGUUUGGUUUUUCAUAUUUGUCUGUUUUUGUUAUUUGAUAAUGGGAUGAUGUUAAGAUCUCUGUUGGAUUUCUUUUAAUGAGACUCGUUUUUUAAUGCAUUUGUGCCUGUGCUGAUUGUCUGCAGUUG